GGGAGCUGCGCCUAGGCGGGGCUUGUGACUCCUUGGGGCGGGGCGGGGCGGGGGAAGCCGUCCCCGUUGCUAGGGCGUUGGGAGGCGGGCGCUCGUAGGCUCGGCGCUCGGCCCGGGCCUGCCGGCUCGGGGGCUCGGCGCUCGGCGAGUGUCCUGCGCGGCGCGGGGCGGCGCUCUAGGCCCCGCGGGAGUCGGGGGCGGCGCGUGCGGCGCGCGGCAGGAUGGUGAAGCUCACGGCGGAGCUGAUCGAGCAGGCGGCUCAGUACACGAACGCCGUGCGGGACCGGGAGCUGGACCUGCGCGGGUACAAAAUCCCCGUCAUUGAGAACCUGGGCGCCACCUUAGACCAGUUCGAUGCCAUCGAUUUCUCUGACAACGAGAUCCGCAAGUUGGACGGGUUCCCUCUGCUGAAGAGGCUGAAAACGUUACUCAUGAAUAACAACAGGAUAUGUCGGAUCGGUGAGGGACUCGAACAGGCCUUACCCAACCUCCAGGAGAUCAUUCUUACCAAUAAUAGCAUUGUGGAGCUGGGUGAACUGGAUCCUUUGGCAACAAUUAAAUCACUGACUUACCUGAGUAUUUUAAGGAACCCUGUAACAAAUAAGAAGCAUUACAGAUUGUAUGUAAUCCACAAAGUCCCACAAAUCAGAGUGUUGGAUUUCCAGAAAGUGAAAUUAAAAGAGCGUCAGGAGGCAGAGAAAAUGUUCAAGGGCAAACGGGGUGCACAGCUUGCAAAGGAUAUUGCCAAGAGAACAAAAACUUUUAAUCCAGGUGCUGGUUUGCCGACUGACAAAAAGAAAGCUGGGCCCUCCACAGGAGAUGUUGAAGCAAUCAAGAAUGCCAUAGCAAAUGCUACAACUUUGGCUGAAGUGGAGAGACUCAAGGGUUUGCUGCAGUCUGGUCAGAUACCUGGCAGAGAACGAAAAACAGGACCAACAGAGGAAGUUGAAGAGGAGAUGGAAGAAGACACAGUUCCCAAUGGAUCUUAAAUGGUAUCGUCAGAUGAUCUGAAGAUAUAUAGUAUUGUAUCCUUGUUUAGGAAUACAUUUCCAAUGUUGUCAUAGUGUUAAGUUAAUAACAUUACCCCUUUUACAAAAUGGAUUUUUGUUAGCUUGGGGCUUUUUUUUUAAGUCCGAUUAGUAUGUUUGAAAUUUCCAUUGUAAAUUUUAUACUGUACAUGAAGUCCAAUAAAACAUCAUUUCCUCUCU